AUGUUCUCCAACGUUCUAUGUCUCUUCCUCGUUGCCCUCGACCGGACAAUUGUCACGACAGCCAUCCCUCGCAUCACCGGUGACUUCAACAGCCUGGGAGAUAUUGGCUGGUAUGGCUCGGCAUACAUGCUGACCAGCGCAACGUCCCAGCUCCUCUUCGGACGUCUUUACAAGCUCUAUGGCAUGAAAUGGUCUUUUUGGCUGCUGUGGUCAUCUUCGAGAUUGGCUCAGCUAUCUGCGGCGCUGCUCCCAACUCGAACGCCUUCAUAG